CACCCCAGACGAGCUACGUGCGCUGUUAUUUCACGACACGCUUCCAUAUUUAACAGCGAAAGGAAAAAUAAUCAAAAUAGAUCGUUUUAGAGGUAGCUGAACUAUGGUCGUUUUAACUGGGUCUCACGACUCAACGGUGUGAUUUGUAGGCUAAAAAGCCUGCUCCUGUAAGUAUGUGUUUUGGCUUAUUACGACGUCGACGUAGUAGACUAUCAUUCUGCAUGUAAAAUAAUUAGCUUGAUUUACUUGAAUGUCAGCUAGCUGUCGUGCGAAGAGCUUAGCCGAUUCAAUCAAUAAGCUUUUCAUGUCAAGGGAAUAAAUAUAGUGAAUUUAGUGGUUUAGUCAUAUGUGUUUGAAGUAAUCCCUCUGUUUGCAGGAACCAGCAAAUUCAGCUAUGGGGAAUACAUCAUCAAGGAGUUCUUUCCAAGGAAUAGAAAUGCAACCUGCAAAAACAACUCUGUUCAAACAGGAGCAAACUGGGACAAGAUACAGAAUUCCAGCUCUCAUCUACCUAAAAGAGAGUCAGACAUUCCUUGCCUUUGCAGAAAAGCGCUCUUCCCUCAGUGAUGGUGAUACAAAAAGUAUUGUUAUGAGGCGAGGAACUCAACAAAAUGGAUCCACUCAGGUAAAUGUCCCCUCCAAAUCUAAACACAUCACAGUCACAAUACGCAGUUGAAGGGUUUCAUGUUUAAUUGAGUUGUUACAUUCUGCUUACAGUUUCUACUUGUUCGUUAUUGUUUAAAUACUUUUCCAUUGUUCCCCAGUGGUCAGAAUCCCAGGAGCUGUUAUCAGCAUGUUUACCAGACCACCGCACCAUGAACCCCUGCCCGGUUUAUGAGAAGAAUACCAAGACUCUAUUCCUGUUUUUCAUCUGCAUUUUAGGGAACACUUCAGAGCACCAUCAGAUCUGGACAGGCAAGAAUAAGGCCCACCUGUGUUACAUCACAAGUAAUGAUGAGGGCCAGAGCUGGAGCCAGACGAAGGACUUGACAGAGAGUGUGAUUGGCAAAACGGUCAGAAGGUGGGCUACAUUUGCUGUGGGACCAGGCCAUGGCAUUCAAAUGGAGAGUGGAAGAUUGAUCAUUCCGGCCUAUGCCUAUUAUAUCCACUUCAAAUGCUUCUCCUUCCCUUUCCCCUUCAUGGUACAGCCUCACGCUCUCUCAAUAUACAGUGACGACUUCGGUCAGACAUGGCAAAUGGGCAGGAUGCUUCAAAGAAAGUCCUGUGAAUGUGAGAUGGCAGAGAUCAUAGACCACGAGGGCAGGAGUCACCUGUACUGCAACGCCCGCCAUAGAGGCCACAGAGUGGAGGCUCUGAGUGAGAGCAGUGGGGUUUACUAUGACAAACCUCGCUUGGCUCCGAGGUUAGUGGAGCCGUGCCAUGGUGGUUGCCAAGGUAGUGUGAUUGGCUUCCCUGCCCCUGAGCAAGGUGAAGAGGGCAUGGGUGGCACCACAUCAUCACCACGGGCCUCAGACACGCAAACCUGGCUACUCUUCACCCACCCGACCAAUAAGAGGAAGAGGAAAGACUUGGGAGUGUAUUUGAACCGUUCCCCACUGCACACGUCAGGUUGGGACCGGCCCUGGAUCGUCCACAGUGGACCCAGUGGCUACUCAGACUUGGCCUACAGUGAGGACACUGAGCACUUUGCUUGCCUGAUGGAAUGUGGGGAGAAGAGUGAGAUUGAACAGAUCGCCUUUGUGUCUUUUCCACUCAGUGAUGUCAUGCAGACCGUUGAUGAAAAAGAAAAUACCUUCUAGGUUUUUGUUAGGGUUUUAUUUCAGUACUACACUCCAACUCCAAUCAGAUUCAGUGGUCAGUAGAUGCACUAUCAUCGCUAUACUUUAUUAGUAUAGAAAAAUAAGCUUCUGAAAAUAAUGGAACAUGAUCAUUUAUAUCAAAGUAGUUUUGUGUAGAAAAGGCAACUUACACUACAAUUUCAUUGAAACGCAAUCAUAGUUAAAUGUGAUAUAAUCUGUAGAUGUGAUCAUUUUAUGAAGUUUGACUAUGGACUGCAAUGCAUGCUGUCAUGGGGAUGACAGUCUAUUUAAACAGCAUAUGUUUGUUACUUAGUUCUGCAAUGUAACUCCUUUCACCUCUACAUUGAGUCAUGGUUUCAGUUCCUCAUGCUUGCCAAGCACACUGUGAAGAGAACAACCACCUACAGGCCAUGAUCA